AUGGAACCUGAGAACAAAUCAUCGCUUGCAAACCUAGAGCCUCAAGAACGCGAGCUUCUUUUAUACUUCAUCAACUCCAUUUGCCCUGUCUGUGUGUGUUAUCCAGAAAAGUCUAAGCUGUCGUCACACCCACUUGAAUCAAUCGAUUCGUUUCGGUAUAAGUUGAAUCCCGAAACAAAUCCUUACCUUUAUCUAAUUGUUCCACUGGCUGCAGGAUCAGCAAUGGUGCUGAAUUCGAUCCUGGCCGCUAGUGCGUACCAGUUAUUUCUUCUAGGAAAGAAAGAGUUUGAAGAAAUAUCUGAAACCUACACAAAGCAGGUGCUAGGGGAGCUUCCACACGCCAUUAGAGAUAUACAUAACUUGGACGAGGUUCUUGCAACCAUCAUAAUGCUCUGCUUCAAGGAGAUUUCCUCAAACUGCGGGUCUGGAGCUCAGUGGACCACGCAUCUUGCCCAGGCAAAAGAGUUACUGAAAGAAACUCGAAUGCGCACUAACGAGAAUCCGUUGUCCAAAUUUUUCACAAGGUACUUUAUCAGCCACGAGGUGAUGGGAGAAACGGCCUGGGUUGGGGAAAACCAUUCAAACUACUCCGUGCCUCUUCCAAGAUUACCACAACCAAUCUUCGAUGACCCUCAUUUGGAAACACUUCGCAAUGAUGGUGACACUCGAAUUGAUCUCGUUCUUGGCUGCAGCGCGUAUCUGAUCUCAAUAAUUCAUCGAAUUUCCAUGCUUGGUAAAUGCUAUGAGGACUUAGAGCUGGAAACAUCACAAGUUAGUCGCGAUGCAAUUGAGACAGAGGUUUGGAUCAGACGCGAACAUCUGCAUCGAGAAAUUCAGGAACUCUGCCAAGAAUUCGAAUCGACUCCGGAAGUCAGUGAUGAAGAUGCGCACUAUAUUGAAACAAUUGCCGAGAUAAAACGCCUAACGGCUAUCAUCUACUUAUUUGCUAGGAUUGACUUAGAAGCCGUCUACCAGCACGAUGGAAUAAUCUCAAAAUCCUUUCAUAAGAGACACGUAGAUACACAGCAGAUUUCUAAACAUAUUGUGUCUCUGAUGAGGUCACUCCCAGACAUCUACAUGUCUCUGCUAUGGCCGUUAUUUGUCAUCGGCAUUGUGUCCACAGUGGCGGACGAAGACAGAUGGUUUGUUCUGAAUGCAUUCACCACUUUGCAGAAGACAAGAGAGCUUGGAAGCGUCCGAACCGCAUGUUCUGUUGUUACGAGUGUUUGGAAGGAGAAAGAUCUGGGGUGUGACCACAUACGUUGGAGAGAUAUGAUUCGAGGUAAAGCAAGCACAUUGAGUCUUGCGUAA